CACAAGUUCCGGGCUCACUCUCAGUUGUUGUUGUUGCUAAGUGUGCCCUGCUGCUGCCUGGAGGAAGGUACCGUCCGACCGUCGACUUUCUGCUGGACGUCGUGAGGACGCUACAUUCUGCCCGCUGGCCUUACCGCCCAUCCGUUUUGCAGCCUCAAUCACCUUGAGAUGCGGGUGACAACACGGCAGCACAGUCGAAUCUUUGCCAUCGUUUGUCCUACAAGCUUAUUACCCUCGCCAGCCUGAUGAGAUCUCCUCGUCCAACAACAAGCUGCCGCUUGCCGUCCCUCCUCCGAUUCCCCCGCCCCCGCUCAGCACUCGGUGGCAUCCCACUCACCUUAUAGAAAUGCGUCUUCUGCAAUGCAGCGAGACCGGCGAAUUCAGCUUCAAAAACUUCGGCGACGGCGAUCAGAUCCCUCCCUAUGCCAUUCUCUCGCACACAUGGGGAUUAGACACCGAGGAGGUUACCUUUGAAGAGAUGGAAAGUGGCACUGGGAAGGAUAAGCUUGGCUAUGAGAAGAUCAGAUUCUGUGGAGAACAGGCUAGGCAGGAUGACUUGCAGUACUUUUGGAUUGACACCUGUUGCAUCGACAAGAAGAACGCAGCCGAGCUCCAGCACGCUAUCAACUCAAUGUUUCGCUGGUACCGUGAUGCCGAGCACUGCUACGUUUAUCUAGCAGAUGUGUCUAUCUCCUUGUCUAGCAGCAACGAUAAGGCCCCGUACACAACAUGGGCAUGGGAGUGGACUUCCUGGCAGGGGAUGCUCCUGGUAUGGGUCCUUUGGGGCUGGAUACUAGGGCUCCCGUGGCUCCUUGGCCGGGGAUCAGUCGGCACUAAGGAGAAGCAUAAUCUGCCACCGGUGGAAUCUCAACUGCGGAAAAGCAAAUGGUUCACUCGAGGCUGGACGCUCCAAGAGCUUCUCGCCCCAAGAUCAGUCAAGUUUUUCUCGAAGGAAGGAAAGUACCUUGGUGACAAAAGCUCUAGGGAGCGACUGAUUCACGAGAUCACUGCGAUUCCUGAGCUAGCGCUUCAAGGAACCCGGCUAUCGCAGUUCAGCGUUAAUGAUCGGUUCUCCUGGAGUAAUCCUCGCCAAACCAAGCUCGAAGAAGAUAAAGCGUACUCUCUGCUGGGCAUUUUUGGCGUUAACAUCCACCUUCGAUAUGGCGAAGGGAUGACUAAUGCUUUCGAAAGGCUCCAGCAAGAGAUCGAGAAUCAGGCGACGUGUAUCCAACAUUUACGUCUUACCGAUCCACGCGAUGACAAAAAGCGCAUUGAGGCCAGCAAGGGUGGCUUGCUGGAGGAUUCGUACCGAUGGAUCCUUGAAAACCCCGAGUUCAAUCAGUGGCGUAGCGCCCAGCUGGGCUCACUUCUAUGGAUCAAGGGCCAUCCCGGCAAGGGCAAGACGAUGCUGCUCUGUGGCGCAAUAAAUGAGCUGGACAAAUCAAUAGCUAAGAUGGCUCUUCUGUCCUAUUUCUUCUGUCAGGCUACCGACCCGCGAAUCAACAAUGCUGUUGCAGUGCUACGAGGUCUAUUAUAUAUGCUUGUCGAUCAGCAGCCGUCGCUCGUGUCACAUUUACAAGAAAAGCACGUUCACGCAGGCAAAGCGCUAUUCGAGGAUCCCAAUGCCUGGAUUGCUUUGUCUACGAUCUUUGCCAACAUUUUACAAGACAAGAGCCUGCACAGCACCUAUCUGAUAGUCGAUGCGCUCGAUGAAUGCAUGACAGACUUGCCGAAGCUCUUGGAAUUUGUCGUGCAGAUGUCGUCUGUGUCAUCUCGUGUUAAGUGGAUUGUCUCAAGUCGGAACUGGCCUAGCAUUGAGAGAUAUCUCAACACUACGACGCAGGGGUUGUCGCUAAGUCUCGAGCUUAAUGAACAGUCCGUCUCUGCCGCCGUUGCCUCAUACAUUCAGUUCAAGGUCGACCAAUUAGCCUUGCGCUUGGAAUAUGAUAAUAUCACGCAGGAUUAUGUCCAGCAAUAUUUAUUGUCAAACGCAAAGGGCACCUUCCUGUGGGUCGCUUUGGUCUGCCAGAAACUCUCCGAAAGCUCGGCGUGGGAGGCUCAGAAAAGGGUCGAGGCGUUUCCACCUGGACUCAAUGAAUUCUAUGGGCGAAUGUUAGAAGAAAUCAAGACGUCAGAGCAUGCCGAACGUUCCAAACAAAUCCUGGCUGUCAUUUCGGCGGUGUACCGGGACAUCACGUUGGACGAGUUAGCAUCAUUUGUAGACUUGUCCGAUGGCAUUCCGGGAGGAGACAAAGCCCUGUCGGAGAUCAUAGCGCGUUGUGGCUCUUUUCUGACGCUCCGAGAACGCACAAUCACCUUCGUUCAUCAGUCGGCGAAAGACUUUUUAGUCCAAGAUGCAAAGAAUGAGAUCUUUCCUGCUGGGAUACAACGGGUACAUCAUGCUAUCUUCUCACGAUCACUGCAGGUCAUGUCCCAACAACUUCGACGUGACAUCUACGGCUUAAAGGCUCCCGGAUUCCCCAUUGACAAGGUCAAACGACCCAGUCCAGAUCCGCUAUCUUCACAACGAUAUUCAUGUGUCUAUUGGAUUGACCAUCUACUCGACUGUGAUCCUUCUGAGAACGCGAAAAACGAUCUCCGUACGGGUGCAUCCGUCGACAAGUUCAUAAAGGGCUACUACCUCUAUUGGCUUGAGGCCCUGAGCCUUUGCAGAGGUCUCCCGGAACGGAUACCGGCAAUAUCGAAACUCGAAACUCUCCUCAAGGCAAAUGCAGCCACAUCUGCGCUGCUCGACGUAGUUCGAGAUGCGCGCCGAUUUAUCAUGUCUCACAAGCAGGCAAUAGAGCUAUUUCCGCUGCAGGUAUAUGUGUCUGCACUUGCAUUUAGUCCAGAGCACAGUUUGAUAAGGGGGGUUUUCGAGCACGAAGAGCCCAAAUGGAUUACGGCAACGCCGCAUAUGAGAGAGUGGAGCGCCUGUCUCCAGACGCUGGAGUGCUCCGAUGUGGUCAACUUGGUGGCCAUCUCACCCGACUCGACCUGGAUCGCCUCAGCAUUGCUUGGUAAUAGCAGAGACCGCAGAAAACCGAUCAUGAUGAUCAGGAUGGUCGAAAUCUGGGAUGUGAAAAGCGGCACCCGCCUCAGAACACUAGAGGGUGAUUAUGGGGAAAUCAACUCGAUGGUCUUCUCCCACGACUCGGCUCGGCUCGCCUCCGCGUCGAAACGUGGCACUAUCAAGGUCUGGGAUGUGACUAAAGGCACUUGCUUGCACAUUUAUGAGCACCUUGAGUCAGUCAGCUCAGUGGUCUUCUCACCUGACUCAGCCCAACUCUUCUCAGGGUCGGAUAAGACGAUUAAGAAGUGGGAUACUAUUAGUGGCGAAUGCCUCGAGACACUAUGGGAAGCUGACGAAUGCUACCUGUUGGCCUUCUCAACUGACUUGACCCGAGUUGCGACGUCGGCUGGCUCUGAGACACUCAAAAUCUUGAAUUUGAGCAGUGGCAUUUGUCUACAGGAGCAAAAGGUCUCUAUUCUGCUUAAAACUGCAGUCUUCUCGCACGACUCGAUGCGACUCGCUAUACUAUAUACGGAUGACACAUUCAAGGUCUGGAAUCUAAGAAGUGAUGCUUGCCUACAGACACUUGAGGGCCACAACGAUCCGGUCGAGUCAGUGGCCUUUUCACUUGACUCAACCCGACUCGCCUCAGUAUCACAUGAUCGGACAGUUAAGAUCUGGGAUACGACUAGUGGUGUAUGCCUAAAGACACUCAGUGGCCAUUCCAACUGGGUUAUGUCCGUGGCCCUUUCACCCGACUCAACCUGGCUGGCCUCGGGCUCAUGGGACGGUACAGUUAAAAUUUGGGAUAUAGACAGUAAUCUAUCUCAGCAGACGUUCCAGGGCCACUAUAGCGGAGUCUACUCGUUGAUCCUCUCACCCGACUCAACCAUGCUCGCCUCUGUGUCCACUGAUCGGACAGUCAAGAUCUGGGAUACGAGUAGUGGUGUCUGCCUACAGACACUUAAGGGCCACCGUGCGAGAGUCGAGUCGGUAGCCUUCUCGUUCGACUCUACCCAGCUCGCUUCAGCUUCGAGAGACAAGACAGCUAAGAUCUGGGAGACCAGGAGCGGCGCUCGCCUACACACACUCGAGGGCCACUCUUUCUGGGUCCUUUCAGUUGCCUUCUCAUCCAACUCGACCCAGCUCGCCUCAGCAUCAUAUGAUAAGACAGUUAAAAUCUGGGAUACGAGUAGUGGCAUUUGCCUACGGACACUUAUUGGCGCUACCGGUUCCGACGGGGUUCUUUCGGUGGCCUUUUCACCUAACUCAACGUUACUCUCCUCAAAAACAAUUGACGGGACAUUAAAGAUCUGGGAUACAGGUAACGGCGUAUGUCUGCAAACUUUUAAGGUCCACGGUGGCGGGCUCUGCUCGGUGGCCUUCUCGCAUGACUUACAGCUUGCCUUAGCUUCAGAGGAUCACACAGUCAAGAUUUGGGAUUUAAGAAGUGGCGCUUGCUUACACACACUUGAGGGCCAUGGUACCUCGGUCAGCUCGAUGGCCUUCUCGCACGAUUCUACCCGGCUCGCCUCAGCGUCAUAUGAUAAGACGGUCAAGAUCUGGGAUCUGAGCAGUGGUGUCUGCCUGCAGACACUGGACAUUGGCAGACCACUGCGCCACAUCUCAUUUGAGGCUACUGGCGUACAUCUUAACACCAACAUCGGCACUCUCAUUCUGAAACCAACGUUAACAUGUACGGAUCCGAUCGCAACAAAGCUUCAGAAACCACAAUGGCAGGGCUGGGGAUUGAGUCCAGACAACGUGUGGAUAACCUAUGAUUCUGAGAGCCGUAUACGGCUACCUCCAGAAUAUAGGCCAUCUCAUUCCGUCAUGAUCUCGGCAACGAGGAUAGGCACCGCCGUUGGAUCUGGAGCUGUGUUGAUAUAUAGAUUCAGCGGGGAGCGUGGUGAGGAAUUGUUGGACAAACCAGGUAGUCAUACUUCUUACGGAGUCAUCCAGCGAUGA